AAAUAUUUAUAUAAAAUUUUUUUUUAUCAUUCUAUCAUGUAUUUUAUAUGUUGAAGCUAUAAGAAACUAUUCAAAAAUUCCUCCCCCCCCCUCUUUGAAAAGAAUAAAUAAGAGCAAAAAGUUACAAUAAUGUUGAAAAGACAUAAUUUAGAACAACAAGAAUCAUUUUUAAAGCUAACUGAGGAUAUACGAGACUUAGAAAAAAGACAUGGAAAUGAUAAAGAGGGAAUUGUAUCAAAUACCGUAUUUACACCUUUAAUAGACGAUACGCUUAAAAGGGCAUCUUUAAGAAAAGAUAGCAUAUUAAAACGAUUCAUAUUCUAUAUAUCACUCUAUUAUAAUAAGCUAGCCGUUAAUGUAUUUGGGUUUAUAACCGGUUGGAAUUGGUAUAAUAGAAUCGAUGAGCUUGUUAUAUUAGGUGCUUUACCUACAUCAACAUUCAUUAAAAGAUUACAUCAACAAGAAAGAGUGGGUACAAUAGUUAACUUAUGCAUCGAAUUCCCAGGUCAUGAGAAACUAUAUGAUGAGUUAAAUAUGAAACAAAUAAGACUAGAAACAAAUGAUUUUAAAGUACCUUCACUCGAGACUAUUCAUAAAGGAAUAGACGAGAUUAUGUCAAUUAAGAAUGAACAACAAAUUCCUUUUAAUAGUAUAUAUUUACAUUGUAAAGCUGGAAGAGGUAGAAGUGCAGCCAUUGCUUUUUGUUAUUUAUUAAGAACUUAUAAUUUAAACUUAUUUGAAUGUCAAAAGGUUUUAAUGGAAAAGAGAAUCCAGGAAAGACUUGAAUAGGCGUAGAAUUAUUAAUGAUGCCUAUAUUUACAUUUAUUUAUUUAUUUUUGUAGGUCGAUAGAGAUCUAUACGAAAAGGAUGAAAUCAAAGCAUUUUACAAGGAUGUAUUAGCAGAUGUAAAAGCAGGAAAAUAUACAAGAAAGCCUUUUUUUGUAAAGGAAAAGACACCUUGAUAAAAUAAGUCAGAUAAUGAUAGAAUAAUUUUUUUUUCUUCUUCUUCUUCUUCUCCCCCGCAUAAUUAUUAGUUUCUCCUCCUGAAUGUUUGUAACGUCGUAUUUUAUUAAUCCCGAUCUUUU